AUGCUCGCUCAUACUAUUUGCCUACUCGCAUUCUACGCCGCAUGCCAAGCUGUGCCGAUGAGGAUGGCCAAACCCUACACCGACGACAAGUUCAACCCGUUCGGCAUGGAGACGGCACCGAAAAGUGACAUGCUUUGGCCAAUGUACCGCGACUAUGAUGGCUUCCGGAACAUGGACGUUGACGGCGUCGAGGCGGAGUCGAUCCCCGACGAGGAGAAGGGCCUGUUCCCCGCCUUCAAGACGUUCAACCCCAAGCUGCCGCAGAUGCCCUUCGACAGCCAAGAAAACCAGGGUGCCGUCGACGCGCAGCAGCCAGGUGUUGCACCCAAGUUCACCGGCAAGUUCGAGGCGCCGAAACCGGAAGAUAAGACCCCUGCCAUUGACGAGGCGGCCCUAAAGGAGCUCGACCCGGACUAUGUUGAUGCCCCAGUCAGCAACCCGGCCACGUACUUCUUGGAGGGCGCCAACUUGGAGAAGGUGUCCGCCCCGAAAUGCCAGAUGAUCGGCUGCACGGGCCCGGUCCCGAAUGACGGCUCCAUCCAGGCCCCCAAGGACGAGAAAAACGCCGACGGAGCCUGCCACACAACAUUCGUCCCCCUGAAUGGGUGCCUGGACGGCAAGGGCUACCCCAUGGGCAUGAUGUGCCAAAUCUGCUGCGACUGCGCCCGCUCUUUCGUCCAGGAGAUGCAGAAGAGCCGCGGCGUGCGCACCGGAUAUGUUGAGCCGAAA